CCUUUCCAACCCCUUCAUAAACCCUAAUUACCUUCUCGUCUUUCUCUCCUCCUCUGGUGUUGCCCCAAAAAGAGAGACAGAGAUGGGAGGGUCAAGAAGGAAAUACAAGAAUUCAAGGCCAAAAGUACGAGUGGGUCUCCCAAAGAAAAACCCUAACGUGUUCAAGCCAGCCUUCAAUCUCCCUCCAAAGCUUCGCUCCCUUGCUGGCGCCGACAUCUCCAAAUGGGACGAUAAGGCCAGUGUUAUCCAAAACUACAAGUCUUUUGGUGUCGUUUCAAACCCCAACUUUCUAGGCGUCAGGUCCCGUACUUCUCAUAUCAUUGAGACCGAAUCGCUCCAAGUCGCUCCAUCCCAGGAACAAGUGGAUGAUGGGUCCGCAGAUGAGCUUGAACCCAUUGAUUCUGGAAGCGACCUCGAAGAAGAUGAUUUGAAAUCUGCUCUAGGGAAGAAGCGGAGAGACGGAGAACAUGCACCUUUGCAACCAUUGACCAAAAUGCAGCGUGUUCAUAUCGGUCAGCUUGUUGAGAAAUAUGGAGAUGAUGACUAUAGGAGGAUGUUUAUGGACACGAAGCUAAAUGCCAUGCAGCAUUCAGUUGCAACUCUAGAGAAGUUGUGCAAAAGAUACCAUAUGCAUAAAGAUAGAAAUCCUCUGAUAAGGAGCAUUCAAACUCGUUGAAGUGAGGUCUCGUCUGUUACCUAUUUUAAUGUCUGUUAUCUUGAUUGUUAUAUGGCUAGCCAAACCAAGUUUUGUCCAGGAAUUAUCUGGUGUUUGCAUCUUUUGCUUCUCAAAACUACUAAAUAUUCGAGAAA